AUGGAGACACACCAUGAGCUGGAGAGCUUCACGCAGGGGCUGACGAACUUUCUUGGGAGUGCAGACUCAAAGAGGAAGAGGAAGCAGAAGGAGGGUGAAGAUGUGGCUGUUGGAACUGCCGGGGAGAAUGAGGAUGAGGGGGAGGAGGAGGAGGACAAUGAAGUGGAUCAGGACCUGAGCGACGAUCAAGAGAUCGUGGGGGAGGAGGAGGAGGAUGACAACUCCUUCCUGUCGAACGAUGAUGACGUGGAGGAGGUGUACCACGUUGACAUGCCCGUGCAUUAG